AUGAGACUCAACAGCCAUCGAACCUCUGGCAAGGCUAGCAUCUCAAUGCUACUUACCUUGCUCCUCAUCAGCUCCCUCACCAUCCUCACUUCAGCUCGACCGAUCUCAGACAGCCAGACGUUACUUCAAAAGCGCUCGCCUGAACCUACACCCCUCCCUCGAGUCCCCUCUCUCAACCCACGCUCAACACCAGAUGAGAUCUACGAGUUCUACUCACCCCGUCACCUCUUCCAGAGUGACCACCCGACCCCGGUCAAGCGGCAAGACCAGCCCUCUGUCCCACUCUCCUCCCUUGGCCCGCCUUCCUUCCCCUCCGACAUCCCCUCCUGCCCUAAGUGCGAAGAACGCUACCCCUCCCUCUCCUCAUGCAUGGGAGCAUCGGCAAUCUUUGCAAAUGCUUCGAACCUCUUCAACAAUCCCAUAGGAUACAUCAACGUCAUCAAGUGCGCCUGCACUGACACCUUCCAAGCUGUCUACCCUCAGUGUUUGGAUUGUUUCCAACACACGGAUCAAUGCUACUACCUCGGUACUGACCCGGAAGGCACGGGUGCGAACAAUGUUAUCACAAAUCUCAGAAACAUCUGUGGUUUAGGUAGUGCGCUCUUGGGCGGCGUAGCAGCUGCAAAUAACGAUGUAGGGACGGUUGUGCCGAGUCAACCGGGAGCUUAUACAGAUGUUUCGACGACGGGAGCGGGGUACAAGGAUGCAAGUACGGGGGCUAUUUUCCAGAGUUCUGCAGGGAGGAAUGCCCUUGAUGAUGCGGUGAGGGGAUGGAAGGUUGCUGCUAUGGUGUUGGCGGCAACGGGGCUGGCGAUGGUUUUUGGUGUGGCUAGGAUCGUGUACUAA